UCGCCUCGAGAGGGAAAGGAUGGGUCAAGCCUCAGAAAAUAUUUAUGUGAAUGAAAAUGAAAUCCGCACUCUGGAGCCAAACAGAACUGGAUGUGUACAUUCAGAUGCUGAAUAUGUAACGAGGAGUUCCUGCAGAGCUGCCGCAGCGUUUCUGGGUCUGCUGUGUAUUCUGCUCGUGACCGGACUCAUAACUCUGGUUUACUUGUUCACCCAAGGGACCUCUGAGUGGAACAAGUUACACAACAACCUGACAAAAGAAUUAGACCAGCUACAGACCAGUUUCAACAACCUGGCUGAAGGACAAAACCAACUCCAAAAAAGGUUUGAAGACAUGAAUAAAGAGAGAAAAGGUUUUCAGAGAAAGAUUCAAGACGAAGGUUGUUAUAAGUGUUGGAGAAGGUUUGGCAGCAGCUAUUACUACAUAUCUACUGAGAAGAAGGCCUGGGAUCAGAGCAGAGAGGAGUGUCUGAAGGAAGGAGCUGACCUGGUGAUCAUUAACAGUGAAGAGGAACAGCAAUUUUUGAUCAAAUUGAACAAAAGAGUUUGGAUUGGGCUGACUGACCAAGAUGAGGAGAAUGUCUGGAAAUGGGUGGAUGGGACAACUCCGGCUACAAGUUAUUGGCAAUCUUUACAGCCUGACAACGCUGGAAACGAGGAUUGUGUAGAAAUCCGAAAUACUGACAGUGAAACUUUAUUGAAGUGGAAUGACUUACCUUGUUCAUAUGAAAAUUACUGGGUUUGUGAAGCAAGGGAAAAGGAUAUGAAGGAUGUGUGACAGAAAAUGUGACUAUUAAAUGUGCAUGAAACCUGUCAAUAGUCUGAUAACAGUUUGAUUGUUGUGUGUACUGUAUGUAAUGUUUAAGUUUAUAGUGUCUCUGUGAUUUCAACCAAAUACCGUACUUUUAUUUUCUAUGGUAGUCACCAAACGUCUG